GUCGGGAGAUGUCUGUACGGUGGGCGCCAUAUUGGAGCAACAACUAUUGUUAUAAAUUGAGACGGGGCUGCUGCUGGCUGAGUUUACAUGUUUUCUGCGUGUUUGUUCUGAAAAUAUUUGGAUAUUUCUACGCAAGGUCAUGAAAGAGAUGUCAACGACUGGUAACAACAGUACGCUUGGCGGGCAGCAGCCUCGGAAACAUUAUGGCAUCACAUCUUCAAUCAGCCUGGCCUUUCCCAGAGAGAUAGACCAUAUCUACACUCAGAAGCUUACUGAGGCUAUGAAACCAUUUGGAGUGUUUGAGGGUGAAGAUGAACUCAAUCACAGACUUGCAGUUCUUGGAAAGCUGAAUUCAUUUGUGAAGGAGUGGAUUGCAGAAAUCAGUGAAUCAAAGAAUCUUCCAACGUCAGCAGUAGUGAAUGUUGGUGGCAAAAUCUUUACUUUUGGGUCAUAUAGGUUGGGAGUGCACACGAAAGGUGCUGAUAUAGAUGCUCUGUGUGUUGCCCCACGUCACGUGGAAAGAACUGACUUUUUUUCAUCUUUCUUUGAAAAACUAAAACGGCAUGAUGAGAUUAAGGAUCUACGAGCUGUGGAAGAUGCAUUCGUACCAGUCAUCAAAUUCAAGUUUGAUGGAAUUGAGAUCGAUCUGCUGUUUGCCAGGCUCGCUCUACAGUCAAUUCCUGAUAACCUGGACCUGAGAGGAGACUCUCUCCUCAGAAACUUGGACAUCAGAUGCAUUCGCAGUCUAAACGGUUGCCGAGUCACAGAUGAGAUCCUAUAUCUGGUGCCUAAUAAAGAGAACUUCAGAUUAACAUUGAGAGCGAUUAAACUGUGGGCCAAACGACGUGGAAUCUAUUCCAACAUGCUAGGCUUUCUUGGUGGAGUUUCCUGGGCUAUGCUCGUGGCCAGAACAUGUCAGCUCUAUCCAAAUGCUGUUGCCGCCACACUUGUGCACAAGUUCUUUCUGGUCUUCUCUAAAUGGGAAUGGCCAAACCCUGUGCUUUUAAAACAACCUGAAGACAGCAAUUUAAAUCUGCCAGUCUGGGAUCCACGGGUGAAUCCAUCAGACAGGUAUCAUCUGAUGCCAAUCAUCACUCCAGCAUAUCCACAACAGAACUCUACCUACAACGUGUCCACUUCCACACGCACCAUCAUGAGUGAAGAGUUCAAAAAUGGUCUCACUGUUACAGAUGAAAUACUUCAGGGUAAAGCCGAUUGGUCCAAGUUGUUUGAGCCUCCUAACUUUUUCCAGAAGUACAAGCAUUACAUUGUCCUCACUGCCAGUGCAUCCACUGAGGAAAACCAUCUAGAGUGGAUUGGACUGGUAGAAUCAAAGAUAAGAGUGCUGGUUGGAAAUUUGGAGCGCAAUGAGUACAUCACCCUUGCCCAUGUCAACCCACAGUCUUUUCCAGGGUCAAAAGAGAAUCACAAUGACAAUGAAUUUGUUUCCAUGUGGUUCAUUGGAAUCAGCUUCAAAAAACUGGACAACUCUGACUGUGUGAAUAUUGACCUGACCUACGACAUCCAGUCCUUCACAGAUACUGUUUAUAGGCAGGCCAGCAAUAUCAACAUGCUAAAGGAUGGCAUGACUAUUGAGGCCACACAUGUGAAGAAAAAACAGUUGCAUCAUUACCUGCCUCCUGAACUUGUGCAGAGGAAGAAAAAGAGUUUGGGAGAUAUAAAUCGGAGCUCAAAUGGUGGAGGGUCAAAGCGCUGCUCUCUGGAUGGCAGUCAGCUGGACAGCUCCAGGGACACAGACGUCGGCACUCCAUUCAGCUCUCCUACACCAGUCAGCAAGCCAUGCCAGCCAGCCUCCACACCUGAAGAUAGUAGUAUCAGCCCACCCAAGCAUCCAGUCCUUGUAUUCACAGACAGCCCACCAGCAUCAGAAGUUUCUCCUCCAAAACCAGAACAGGGAAUGUCCAUUCCAGUCAUCGGAUCCAAGACCAUCGCCACUCCAGUUGCCAAGCCCCCAGCACCUCCCGCUGGCAACACCAUUCCUACAGUGGUGGGCCGCAGUGUGAUACCCCGCAUUACCUCUUCCUCCCCUAGCCUGGCUGAACUGCCCAACAGUGUCAAUGGAGCACCAAAGAGACCUCACUCUCCAUCUCUGGAAGAUCCACCUAAGAGGCACAAAGAUACAGAGGUGUUUUCUGAUGACUCUGCGUUUAAAGAGCCGUACCCUCCAAAUAGUAAUGGUUUGGACGGUGAAGAGGGGCCAACGGUGGAGGGUCUUUCGGCAACCAAACCUAUGCCAAUACCAACAAUUGAUACAUCAAGAUCACAGAGACUACCCAGUAAAGAGCUUCCGGAUGCAUCUUCCCCAAUUCCCACAAGCAACCUCCGUGUGAUUAAAAAUUCAAUCAGGCUCACUCUUAACCGAUAACAAUGAGCUAUCUACAGGUAACAUGAAUUGUUACUGUUGCUGCCACUAAUUGAUUUGCCCUUUAAUCUGUUUUUCCCCCUCUUCUUGAACAUCUGUCUGCACAGGUUGUCCCUUAAAGAGUGGAACUACACUUGUGUAACAGCAGUGCUGCUUUUAAACUGCUACUGAUAUUUGGCUGGUCUUCCUGCUUGUUACAGAGUUUUCCUUGCAGUCUUUUUGUAUUCGCUGUAUCGGUUCUGGUUCAGUUUCUGGGAGGACCAUUUGUGUGGGGUGCGUAUGUGUGUGUAGAUGGACCAGCAUUAGUAACUAAAAACCACAACUCCAUUACCUAUCACAGUAAACGCUGCUGCCACUCCAUAGUUUUGUUAACAGCUCAGAACAAAAGAACAGUAUUAGAUCUGAGGUUUGGAUUUGUUGGGCCAACAUUUAAAGGCAGGUUUGGUUUUACAAAGAGUUUGUGAUUUAUUUGAGUCAGUGUUGGUUUUUGCGUGUGCAUGUGCAUGAUUGUAUUUCCCUGCGUCUAGGGCAUCACCCCUGCGCCUCCCGUGGAGGUCUGGAUGGCAGUGUCUCCUGAACUUAAAGAACAGAGACUAAAUGAGAUUUCUGCCCUCUUUCCAUGAUUUGCCUUGUUUUUUGUUUCGUUUUGUUUUUUCUCUCUCCAUCUUUCCACAAGCUACUGUCCUACCCUGUUGGGAUGUACAGAGAACAUAAACUUACUAUUCAUUUUGGGGUUUCUUAACAUUUUAUUUAUUUGUACCGUUAUAAUUUUUUAUAUCACAGGUAUUGCAGUUGACCAACUUAUUCUUCUAGACAUUAAUUUUGUCACUCAGUUUGAAUCUUCCUUACCUUACCUUUUAGGACAAUUUAAAAAAAAAAAUCUAUUUGUCAUUCUUUUUGUAGGGCAAAAAGUUGUAUUUGAAAGGGUAUUUUUGUAUGUAAUGUAAACUGCCUUCUUUACAUUAAGAACAUAAAAUUCACAAAACCCCAAAGUGGCUCCUGUGGUAUU